GUCAUAUAUUUUGUUGGGUCUAAUUUAAAUGAACUACUCUUCAAAGUAUUGCCACACUUGCCAUCUUUCUCUUGUGUGUAGGUACAUGAAUUGUUGUUUACACGUGAAACAUUUUCCAGGCUAACGUGGGUCAUCCCUCACAGAGUUUAAAUAUGACUGGUCGUGUGGCUGUGAUUGGAGGAGGUAGUUCAGGUCUGGCCUGUAUCAAGACCUGUCUGGAUGAGAGGCUGGAGCCUGUCUGCUUUGAGAGCAGCGAUGACAUCGGUGGUCUGUGGAGGUUUAAGGAGAAUCCUGAGGCAGACAGGGCCAGCAUCUACCACUCUGUCAUCAUCAACACCUCCAAGGAGAUGAUGUGUUUCAGUGACUUUCCCAUUCCUGGACACUUCCCGAACUACAUGCACAACUCUCUCAUCAUGGACUACUUUCGGAUGUACGCUGACCGCUUCCAGCUCACCAAGCACAUACGCUUUAAUACAAAAGUCCUGCAGGUGAAGCAGAGAUCCGAUUUCUCUCAUUCCGGCCAGUGGGAUGUUGAGACAGAGAACAGGGAUGGCAUGAAGGAGAAGCACAUUUUUGAUGCUGUGCUGAUCUGUAUUGGACAUCACUGCCAGCCCAACAUGCCACUACAUGACUUCCCAGGAAUUGACACCUUCAAGGGAACGUACUUCCACAGCAGAGAUUACAAGACUCCUGAGGAGUGGAGGAAUAAAAAGGUGGUCGUGAUUGGAAUAGGAAACUCUGGAGGAGACAUCGCAGUGGAACUGAGCAGAGUCACCAAGCAGCUGUAUCUAAGCACUCGGCGGGGAGCUUGGAUCUCACAUCGAGUUGCCAACAAUGGUCUUCCCCUGGAUAUGGUUGGUACCAGGGUGAAUCAUUUCUUGCACCAAAACCUUCCCUUUGGAUUAUCCUGCAGCAUGAGAGAGAGAAAACUCAACCAAAGAUUUGAUCAUCGUCUGUAUAACUUGCAGCCAAAGCACAGGGUGAACAGCCAGCUUCCCACAGUGAAUGAUGAGCUUCCCAACCGCAUCCUAUCUGGAACAGUUCAGGUGAAACCCAACAUCCGCAGGUUUCAGGGGUCCAGUGUGGAGUUUGAUGAUGGAAGUGUUGUAGAAGAUGUUGACCUGGUGGUGUUUGCCACAGGUUACAGGUUUUCCUUUCCAUUCUUGGCUUCACAUGUGGUCUCAGUGUCAGACAACAAAGCCUCUCUGUACAAGUUUGUCUUUCCUCCUGAGUUGGAGCGCCCCACUCUGGCCAUCAUUGGUCUGGUGCAGCCACUGGGAGCCAUUAUGCCCGUCUCUGAGAUGCAGGCCAGGUGGGCCACACGAGUCUUUAAAGACAGUAUCAAGCUCCCCUCCGUGACCGCCAUGCUAGAAGACAUCCACUGUCAGAAGGAGGAAAUGGCCAAAAGGUACGUCACCAGUCAGAGACACACCAUCCAAGUGGACUAUGUCAACUACAUGGAUCAGAUAGCAGAGCUGCUGGGAGUUAAACCCAACAUCCCAAAGCUGCUGCUGACUGAUCCCAGGCUGGGACUGUCUGUUGUGUUUGGUCCCACUUCUCCGUACCAGUAUCGCCUCAGAGGGCCGGGGAAAUGGGCCGGAGCCCGCCAGGCCAUCCUGACCCAGUGGGAUAGGGUGGCUCAGCCCAUGCAGACCAGGCCCUGUAAUGAUCCCAAACCCAAGAGGUCCUUUAUGUGGCCUCUGAUUCUGUCAGCUGUUGCUGUGGGCUUAGCUGUCUACGUUAACAGAAACAACCUUCCAGCUUUCCUCCAGGAUCCAACUGCACUGUUGGACAAGAUGAAGGUUUACCUGCCUGCACACUGAUGUGCAAUUAAUAUUAAGUUCAUAUCUGAUGUGAUUUAUAACUGUAUAGCGCAUGCUUACUUGCUGGUAGAGUUAAUAAUCAGCAUGGAUGGCAUUUU